AUGUUCUUGUCUCGACUACGACAGAUCUAUGCACGGUUUAUGGCUCCUGUCGAAUUCACCACACAGGUUAUGAAAUGCGAUCCAUCGAACAUAACGUUUCUCCCGUCUUCUGACGAGCCAUACAUAACAUCCGAAGAAACUUCAGAGGCACUGAAAAUUGCCUCGCAUCGGCUGGUUGAUUUGGCACAAACUGUAGUAUUCCCAACGGAAACCGUAUAUGGACUUGGAGCUCUAGCGCUGGAUGCUUCUGCAGCAGCCAAAAUCUUUGCCACUAAAGGACGUCCUCCCGACAAUCCGCUGAUCGUUCACGUCUCUUCCUUCAGUAUGCUGCGUUCCCUCCUUCCACCUGGAUACAAUAUUCCGAAAUCAUACGAAGUUUUAAUGAAGCAUUUCUGGCCCGGUGCACUAACACUUCUAUUCCCUCGCAACGCCGACAUGGUACCCAACAUCAUCACUGCUGGCCAGCCCUCUGUGGCCAUUCGAAUGCCUUCACAUCCAGUGGCCCGAGCCUUGAUCGCUACUGCCAAUGCGCCACUCGCCGCUCCCAGCGCCAAUACAUCAGGGAAACCAAGUCCAACACGAGCAGAACACGUUCACCGCGAUCUAGACGGGAAAGUAAGUCUCAUACUCGACGGCGGUGCUUGUGGUCUAGGUUUGGAAAGUACUGUUGUCGACGGUUUACACGCAGAUGGGAACUUGCGUGUAUUAAGGCCUGGUGGAGUCACAGUUGAAGACCUAGAAAGGGUCUUACGCCAGGAGUUUCAUGACAUCGCCCAUAUACCAAGAGUCCUGGUGCAUAAACGCGACUAUGCUGACGAGCAGCUUGAAAGUGCACCAACGACUCCUGGUAUGAAAUACCGCCAUUACUCUCCUUCCGUUCCGGUUACCCUUCUCUUAACUCUCCCCAGCCUAUCUGGAUCACAACCAGUAGUUAAGCUCUCAGAUUACGUGGCUUCUCAGCGGAGGCACCAUGUUAAUCCAGAAACUCUCAAAAUCGGUGUACUGGCACCCACGGACUCUAAACUCUGGAACGAAAUAGACUCGAUAAAAGACGUAGAAUGGGCCCAUUUCCCUUUGGGAAGUCUAGCUGAACCUUCAGUCAUUGCACACAAUCUAUUUGAUGGCUUGUUGAGCCUAGAGCAGAAAGGAGUUCACUUGAUGUUAAUAGAAGAAGUAGAGGAAACCAAAGAAGGUCUUGCGAUCAUGAAUCGGGUCCGGAAGGCUGCUGGCGAUUCUGUACGGAUCGCAUUGUUGUAG